GCGAUCGCCGGUCCGCUGUGUCCCUCGGACACAGCGGAUCACGUAAAGAGCCGAAGAUGUCGGCUCGGUCGGUCAUGUAAUCAGCUGUGUCCAAUCACAGCUGAUCACAUGGAACAUGUACACACUGAUCAUCAGGGCACUGAUGAUCAGUGUGCCCUGAUGAUCAGUGUGGCCCCAGAAGUGCCACCUGUCAGUGCUCAUCCGUGCCAGUGCCCAUCAGUGCCACAUCAAUGCCACAUAUCAGUGCAUACCAGUGCACAUCAAUGCCACAUAUCAGUGCCCAUCUGAGCUGCCUUUCAAUGUCACCCAUCAGUGCCAGUCAGUGCCGCCUAUCCGUGCCAGUCAGUGCUGCCUAUCAGUGCCGCCUAUCAGUGC